CAUAGAUUGCAGCUAUAAUACAUAGCAGUAAAGGCAGAGUCUUCUCACAAGCGCCUGCCUACCAUUCCAUUCAGACCCGUUUUUUAUCUUCUGCUCGCUACAACGACCCGAUGUGUUCCGUUAUCAAGGACCUGAAGCCUGUCAUUUCCGCACCUGCCUCGAUAGGGAUAGGUGGAUAGUAACAGAACGAGAAGAGAGACAAGGACAUAGCACGAGAGAGAGAGCGAGAGCGAGAGAGAGAGAGAGAGAGAGAGAGAGAGAGAGAGAGAGAGAGAGAGAGAGAGAGAGAGAGAGAGAGAGAGAGAGAGAGAGAGAGAGAGAACCAGAGAUAGACACUGAGGCUUCAAGUACAAUAAUUAGAUUCAAUGGACGAAAUGCUGCUGUUGACAAGAAUAACGCUUGUGUGCUUGAUCUGCUGCUCUUUGGUGUCCUCUGGGCUGGCUUGUGGGCCAGGCAGGGGCUAUGGAAGGAGAAGGCACCCGAAGAAGCUGACUCCUUUAGCCUACAAGCAGUUCAUCCCCAAUGUGGCCGAGAAGACCCUUGGGGCCAGUGGCAGAUAUGAAGGGAAGAUCACAAGAAACUCCGAGAGGUUUAAGGAGCUGACUCCCAACUACAAUCCUGACAUUAUCUUUAAGGAUGAAGAGAACACUGGGGCUGACAGGCUCAUGACACAGAGAUGCAAAGACAAGCUGAAUUCUCUCGCCAUUUCAGUGAUGAACCAGUGGCCAGGGGUAAAGCUGAGGGUCACGGAAGGUUGGGACGAGGAUGGGCACCAUUCUGAAGAAUCGCUUCACUAUGAGGGGAGAGCUGUGGACAUCACUACCUCUGACAGAGACAGGAGCAAGUAUGGCAUGCUAGCCAGGCUGGCAGUGGAGGCCGGAUUCGACUGGGUCUACUACGAAUCAAAAGCCCAUAUCCAUUGCUCUGUGAAAGCAGAAAACUCUGUCGCUGCUAAAUCUGGAGGCUGUUUCCCAGGGUCAGCCUCGGUGAUUCUGAGGGAUGGGAGAAACAAGCUGGUCAAAGAUCUCAAUCCUGGAGAUAAAGUGCUGGCCGCCGAUGAGCAAGGGAACCUAGUCUUCAGUGACUUUAUGAUGUUCAUAGACAAAGACCCCGAGUCCAGAAGAGUUUUCUACGUGAUUGAAACGGAGGAGCCCCACAAGCAGAUCGCCCUCACUGCGGCGCACCUCCUCUUUGUUGCCGACAGCAACGCCACCGCUGGUUUUCAUUCAAUCAAAGCAGCAUUUGCUAGCAAAGUUAAACCCGGCCAGAGGGUGUUCAUAACUGAAGGCGUCGGCAGCCAAGUGAAACCUGUCGCGGUGAAAAGGAUUUAUUUGGAAGAGUAUGAAGGUUCCUUUGCCCCGGUCACCGCCCAGGGAACCAUUGUGGUCGACCAGGUAUUGGCCUCUUGCUAUGCUGUAAUCGAAGAGCACAGAUGGGCUCACUGGGCCUUUGCACCUGUAAGACUCUCCUAUGGGGUCGCGUCUUUGUUGUUUUCUAAAGACCAUUUAAUCACCAACAGCACCGUGCAAGACGGCGGGGUCCACUGGUAUUCCAACGCUCUGUACCAACUAGGGACUUGGGUCUUGGAUAAGGGCUCGUUUCACCCACUUGGGAUGUCAAUAAACUCUAGUUGAAAUAGCUCAAUAAAAAACAAACAUGAAAAAUAAAACAGAAAAAAGCGAACAGAACAAAACACGAACAUAGAACUAAAGAUACCCCAAGAAGUUCUGGAAUAUUUAUUUUAUUGACAUUUACAGUGUCUUAAAAAAAAAGAAUAAAUGGGCCUUCGAGAGCCUUAAACGUAUCUUUGAAUAAUUAAUUCUCAUGUGAACGUUUGCUGGUCCCAAAUGAAAGGAAUUCAGUGUUGUGAGACCAGACAGGUGUGCAGAAUCUAUUUUUCUAUAUUUCAAACAAACAAACAAACAAACAAACAAACAAACAAACAAACAAAACCCCUAAUGUUCUGUGCAUAUGUGUGCGACUGACUGUUAAUUUGUGGGGGAAAAAACAUACUGUGCUUCGUGGGGGUCUAUAAAUUAUAUUUUUAUACACAGAAUUGUAAAUUAGAUUUUUGACAGAGCGUUACUUAAUGAAUUACAUUUCGUUAUUUGAAAUAGUGUAAGAUAUGAAAAUAUAUUAUUUUAAUUUAAAUAGUUGCAAAAAUAUAAAGUCUUGGCUAUCUUGUACUGUUUUUGUGUUUAUGUUUAUUAUUUUUUAUUAUUAUUAUUAUUAUUAUUAUUAUUAUUAUUAUUAUUAUUAUUAUUAUUAUUAUUAUUAAUAUUAUUUUGUAAACUGUUUGGAAAUUGCCGUUAUUCUAAAAAUAGGACGGAUAGAAAAUCUGUCCUUUGUAAACAGUACUUUUUUAAUUUCAGAAAAUAUUUUUAAGAAGUGCACAUUUUGACGAUUUCAUAAUAUGAUAAAGUGGUAGUACAGAAAACCAAGAUGUUUCAGUUGAUGAAUUAAAAGAAAUAACUGCUGUAAAUUUACUAAAAUGUAUUUUUUUUUUGCAUAUUUUGUAAUAGUUAAAUAGUUUUAUAGACAGACCAGAUGUACAGUUUGAAUAGUAUAUAAGUGUCCAUGCCAUCUAACUAUCAUAACGAAGCAAUGUGUCGAAAGAAAUGUUUAGAUUUUAUUAUUUAUAUGUUUUAUUACAAAAAAGAGAUACAGGAAAUAUUCAAAUGACACCUGCUAUAUACCUGCUAUUGUGACUUUCAACAAAACAUGCGUUUGUACAAUGAAAAGGGAAUGGCAUUUAGUCUUUGUUUUAUUGCACAUUACGUACCCCAAUAAACCAAACCUGGUGUAAAACACAA